GACACACACACAGCAGCAGCAGAUCCAGUGGUUGUCGUCUGCUUUCGAAGAUGUUGAGACCAGUGCAGUUGUGGAUUAUCGUGCUUGUGCUCGCCGGCGCAGCACUAUCGGAAAAUGCGGUUUCUAGUGCAGCGGAAGAAACUAUGGACUAUGAGGCACACGCACGCCAGGCAUGGAAGGACAUGGAAGGCUCCCUUCGCUCGACAGCCGAAGAAGCCGUAAAGAAGAUAUUUCCCACCUUGCUACGUGCUAGCAACGAAGCAGGGAUAUCGGAAGAUUGCCAAGCUGCCGUCUUCAAAGUGAUCAUUGGAGUACGCAAGCUCAAAGAAUGGGCUAUAUCCAUGGUGGACGCCAGUGGGAAAGUCCCAACGGGAGUUCUGACCGGUGCGGCUGCUUCUCUCGGUUCCUACGACCAGUGCAUGACAAUAGGUGAAGGUGUCAGCCCCGAGGAAGUUGAGGAGAAUGAUAUUAUCGUCGGACAAUACUGCACCGUCAACAUUCGCUUUCCCAUUCUCCCAAGACCGUACUCCAAUUCCUCCGAAAUCAUCACUGAUGGUCAAUCGUUUAUGCAUUGGGUCUACAACUACGGAAGAUGGUUGAAGUAUUUCCCCAUCCGUAUCGGAGCCUGUGUUCCUACUCAGUGUAGCAAGGAUGAUCUUUACAAGCUCGCCGUUUACGCUGCUGGUCAAGCAGGCAUGAAGGCAGACAUUGGCAAUUGCGAAUCUAAGGCAACACCUGUCUACAAAACCGAGCAUGUUAUCAUUUUGGUCGCACUGGGUACUGUUGCCACGUGCGUGGUCAUUGGAACUGUCUUGGAGCGGGUUUACAACUACCAAAGGAAGCACCUCAAACCAGGAACUCAUAUGCUACCUCCAGGUGUACUUGCUAGAAUCUUCCUGGCAUUCUCCUUCGUCGCGAAUACCAAGAAGCUGCUUAACCCAAGGAAAACAAGAAACAGCUUGGGUGUUUUGCACGGACUCCGAAUCAUCUCUUGCUUCUGGAUUGUUCUUGGUCAUACCUACUAUCUGGUCGACAUUGCAUCUUUCAUCCGCUACCGAAGGCUCAAGACCCUCGAAGACCUCUAUACUAACGUGCCCUUCACGGUGAUCGAAAACUUCUUGCCUGUUGACACCUUCUUCUUCAUUAGUGGUCUUCUCAUCAUUUACUCAAGCUGGGGCAAACUCGAGCAAAACAAGGGUAAAUUCAACGUGCUGUCGUCUUUCCUUCAGAGGAUCUGGAGAAUGACUCCAUCGUACCUCCUGGCCAUCGCUCUUUUCCUCCUGCUGCCACUUGCCGGCUCUGGUCCGUUCUGGAAUGAAACAAUGGAACCUCUGAUGAACAACUGCAGGAAUUCUUGGUGGACCAACGCCCUUUACGUCAGCAACUACUUGCCAUACGAGAAAAUGUGUCUUCUUCACACGUGGUUCCAAGCGGUGAACAUGCAGUACUACAUCGUCUCUCUUCCGCUACUCCUGCUUACCUUCAAGUACAACAACAUCGGGCUCUCCGUUAUCUUCACUCUUGCCACACUUUCGGCGCUUGCCACUGGUCUGGUCACCUACUUCUUUGAUCUCCCUCCAGCCCUCCUGCUCAUGGCAUCUGAAUGGACGAAAGCUCUUCAGCAGUUGAACCUGGUAUACUUCCAACCCUUCACUCACUUCGGCCCCUUCUGUGUUGGCCUUUUCUGCGGUUAUUACCUCGUCAAGAACAAGGAGGUCCAGUACAAACCCCUCACACUGGUAAUUGGCUGGGCUGUGGCUCUCAUCUUCACAACGGUCUCUCUGUUCGGUGUUUACCCAUACCGUGCGAAUAUCCCUGUCGACACCAUCGUGUACGCUGUGUACGCCGGCGUCCACCGUACCAUGUGGUGUCUCGGCGUCGCUUGGAUCACCGUAGUCUGUGAGACCGGACAUGGAGGUCUUAUCAACGGAGCUCUGUCCUGGCACGGGCUGGUUCCCGUCAGCAACCUGACCUAUCUCAUCUACCUCCUUCAUCCUCUCGUGGUUUACGCUAAAGCCGCAUCCACCAGGGAAAUAAUCAACUUGGAUCAUCUCACUAUGUGCUACGAAUUCAUGGGUCACUCAGUCAUUGCGAUAAUGUUGGCGUUUAUCGCUUAUGUGGCCGUCGAACAGCCAUUCGCUGCUCUUAAAGACAUCGUCUUCCGGCGGAAGCCCAGGAGUCCAUCUGUAGAUAUUCCACCAGCAGAGACGUUACACGUCCAAGUGGUCAGCAACGGCCACACAACGUCUUGUAAAUAGUCAUUUAUUUGUUGUUGUUGUGUGUCCCGUCACCUGUAAAUAUUGUCCGUUGUUGCUGUUACAUGUUGUAUAAUAUAUUGUUGAACA